AUGCCAUCUUUUGUCCGCGAGCCCUUAAGAAAUUUAACAUCAGUCGAGAAAAGAAUAUGUAUAGAAACCAUCAAUGGUGAGCGAAAUGGUGUUGUAUUUUCAGCUGCAUAUUCAAAAGGCAACGGUAGAGAAGAAACAUGGAAUGAUGACGCAACUUUGCUAACCGUUAGAGAUCAGCGGCUAACUUCAUCAUUGGUAUAUCAGGCGCUAUCGAGCAUGAUCAGAGAUAACGUCGAGCUUUUUACGACAAUCAAUGAAUGCAUGCAGUUUGAACCUGUACUUCAAAUAACCGUUGACGAUGUGAUUCGCAAGGUGGAAUUUGAAAGCUACAAGGAUGAAUUGGUUAAUUGCCAUAAUGGUAUACCACCUUAUCUUCUACGCCAUAUUUUCGAUAAGAGCAAAUUUUCUCUUGGAAAGCAACAACCUCUUUGGGAACUUUUUAUUGUCGACGAAACGAUGGUUGUGUUUCAUGGGCAUGAUGUCUUAUUUGACAUCUUUGCUGCUGCAAAUUUUCACAAACUGUUCUUACGUUCGCUUAAUUCGUUGACAGCUAGCGAAGCGCCCGUUUCAGACUGCUUGUUUAAGUAUAAAGCUGGCAGCGGAAUUCUCCAGAAAUCAAUAUUUGAGAAUCCUAAACUCCACCUACCAGCAAUUGCAAGCGAUCUUUUCCAAUUGCAAACAAGGGCAUUCUUUAAAUCUGUUUACAACCUCACUGUUAAAAAGCCUCUAGAGUUUCUUGAAUCUGGCCAGACAGGUACUGCUAAGUCUUACCAAUCACACUACACUGAUAUUCUUUCAGGAACACGGGAUUUAUGUGGUACUAUUAUUUUUGGGAAUAUAAGUCCUGACAGAUUUCAGAGUCUGAAGAAAAUAAUCAAUAGAGAAAAUAUCUGCCUUAGGAGCUUCAUAUGUGCUAUCGUGCUGUUAUGCCUAAAACCUCUUGUCAGAAAGUUUGAUGGCAGUAUCACUUUUUCAGUUCCGGUCGAUCUUAGAGACAGCAUACCAUGGUCAACCCCAUUUGGCCUGUACUACAAAGACAUUUUAAUUGAUUGUCCACUUUCUCUGAUAAAUGACAGAAUAUUUAAGGGUCUUAACGUUUACAACGGAUAUGAUCCCUCUAACGUCAAGCCAAGUGAAAGAGAUCCCGCGUUUGAAGAAUCGCUACUGGAGUAUCAAUUUAGAGAAUCCGUAUCGUACGUCUCAGGUUGCUUGAAGCAGAGGAUGAGAACUUGGGAAAGAUGUCAGUUCAAUGAUGACGACAUAAAGAGAAUGAAAUUCACGAAAAGUGAAUCGAGAAAGACAGUUAAAUCAAAGAUAAUUGAGAUUAAUGACGUUACCAACCAGCAGUUUUGUACCGCAGAAGAAAUGACAUAUCACAUUAAGGACGUCUGUUUAACUAGUAGCCGUAACUCUGACGCCUUUAUGUCGAUAUCGUAUUGUUAUUCAGAUGAAUUUGGUUUGAACAUAUGUAUUCACUAUCCAGAGGGAUAUGCUAUGGAAACAUUCGUUGAGUGCUUCCAAUCUUUCAUGGAGGAGCUUUCUAGAAUUCAGUAA